GCUGAGCGUAGGAGUAGCUUUGUGUUAAUGUUAGCCUGCUCAGCUAAUAUAGCGUUAAAUCACAACUAUUAUGUUUAAUUGUUGGAAAGCAGCUAUUUACUUACGUCUCUAGCUGAUUGCCGCUAUUACUUACUACUAGUAAGUUGAGAGAAUUUGACGUGCCGUCUCUCGUCUUUCCAACACCGAGGUGGCGUUAGCCAAAGUUUUAUACAAAGAAGUUGCUAAGCUAACUGCUGGCGAAGGAAGCUGAAGCUCACGGUUUAUAAUGUCACAGGCUACUAAACGCAAACACGUUGUCAAAGAGGUUCUCGGAGACUUUGUCACGCCGACUGAAAGUCAGCAGAUUGUGAAGGUUAUCGGUAGCCGUGGUAACAACCUCCACGAGGUUGUCACGGCCCAGGGUGAGACUUUCCUGGUGAGCAUGCCCACCAAGUUCCGCAAGAACAUCUGGAUCAAGAGAGGUGACUAUGUGAUUGUGGAUCCCAUUGAGGAAGGAGAGAAGGUGAAGGCAGAGAUCAGCUUCAUUCUCUACAAAGAUCACAUUCAGUAUCUGCAAAAACAACAGCACUGGCCACAGGGGUUUAUGGAGGAGCCGAUGGUUCAAGACCAGACAAACAAACAGCAGGAGAAGGAAGAGGAGACGGAGGAGAAAGUUGAGGAAGAGGACUUUAGUGACUCUGAAGAUGAGAGUGACCUCUUUGUGAACACCAACCGCUAUAACUACCAGUACAGCGAGAGUGAGGAGGACAGCGAGGAUGAAGAUGAUGACAAAGACGAAAGGACAGAAAAUGACUCCUAGUGUCAACACUGAGGACAAGGACAAUUGAGAGUGAGUAGUCUUGAGACAGUGUCCUCUGCUGUGCUGCUGUUAUCGCUGACGGAUUUGAAAUGAUCAUCUCCAUGCAACAGCCUGUGACAGCAUGUUGUAGCUGUUAAAAUGCCGGACUUGUGGAAUGGACUUCAGCUUAAUGGAGCAAAAUAAGACUUGUUUGUUAAAUUGAUUCCAAAAAAUCAGUAAUGUUGAAUGUUAACUGAAUUUACAUCAAAAUCCAGUCAAUUCCAAUGUUUGAAAUUGUAUUGAUUAUUGCUACUAUAUUUUCAGGGAAUGUGUUAAUAUACUCCAUUCCAUUGCAGCCAUUGCUUUAUAGCCACAACAGGUGAUUCUGUAUGUCCAGGCCAUGCCGUGCUUAACUAAACUAAAAUAAUUUUUUCACUGUUGACAUAAUACAUAUCUGUCAUGUGUGAUUUUCAGUCCUGGCGAUGGAUGAUUGUUAAGUCAGAGCUUUGAGGCAUGAUGAGAAUUUGAACAUGUUUCAGGUUUUACCAGUCGUCUGACAGAUUGCAGUUUGCAGCUAGCUGGCCCAGUGACCACUCUUUCACAUAGCGGCUUUUUUGCUGUAACUGUGUGUCACUUUGUCACUGAAAGAUCCAGUCAGAAUGCUCUAAUUUCACCUAACUUUCAUCAUAUUGAUCAUUGUGACUGCUUUGUGCUUCAUCUUUUGCUCACAUUCCUUACCCAGAUUUGUGCAUUACCCAAAUCUGGGUAAGGAAUGUAACAAUGAAUAACAAUGAAUGAUAAAGAAAGAGAUUCAUUCUUGAGACACAAUCCUAUCCAUGACUUUGAUGCCAGGAAAUCAAAAUUUUGUCUUUGUAAAAAAAAAUUCCCUUUUCACAUUCAAAGAACCCUCUCCUCUGAAAACAGUUGUGCAGCAGUAAUACAAGCAUGUGUAUGGAAAUAAAGCCAUUUCUAAAAACA